AUGAAUGACGCUUUCGACUAUUACUAUCAACACUUGUUCCUUUUAACGAAACAGUCGUCAUCCUCGACUUCGCCCUCCAACACCGUGCGAACGUUCGUCGAGGGCCAGGAGGAUUUGGAUGCGAUCGCGAAGCAAAUCUCCGACCACGCGGAAGCCAUCUACCAGACCUGGAAGGCGCGCGGCUUAGCACCGACUGAGAUACUCAACUGUCACACCGGUGACGGUGCCGAGCAUGCCUUCAGCCAGGCGCUAAACCCUGCAAACACACCGACCCAUCAGCCGGGCGGUACCACCGGUGCAAUAUCCAGCGGGCAAUCCGGUCCGGCGGGAGUUGUGCCGGGCGGCAGUACGUCGCCCACAUCCAACGCUGCCGGUGUAGCGGAACUGCUUGCCAAAGCGCCGAACCUCUCCAACAAUAGCCUCGAGCAGCUGGUGAGUUCGUUCGUGAAUGAAGAUAAAGCUCGCAUUGCGGCCCAGCGUCAGCAGCAACAGCGUGGAGGAGUUGCCCGGACACCGGCAACGGGCACGAGCUCGGCGAUCAAAAGUGUGUUGCAAAAGUUCGAACGAAAUGGUGCCAUCGGUGGUGAUGAUACAGUGAGUGGCGGUGUCGGUGUGGCGGAUGUCGUGGGUAGACCAAGCUAUCUGCGCACCAGCGGAGCCGGCGGGAUCGCCAAACCCUCGAGCCAUUUAGGUAAUAGUAGUAGCAACAAUAAUAACAAUAAUUUUAACACCCUUAAUAAGAACGACGUCCCGGACGUGCUGAAGGACACGAUCGUCGAGUCAAAGUCGGGCGGGACGGUGCGCGAAAAACCGCAAACCCCAGUGAAACCGGAGCACCUGCUCAACCAUGUGCCGAGCUGGCCGCUAAAGAACCGCGUGGUUAAAACCGGAGGCGCCGGUGCGAAGGUGAUUGGCGGCGGUGCCACCACACCCGUCAGCUUCGCGAAGAACACCGCGGAUCUUAUGGAUGAAGUGUCACGGGAGGAAGAACGUCUGAUAAACGCGCUGAAAACCGGCACCGUGCUGAACAGUAGUGAUAGUAUUUUACCGGAAGUGAUCACCUCGACCCUGCCCGAUCGUGACGUACCAGACUACGGUUCCGUUGUGGACCAUCGGGCACAGCUGGCAGGACUGAGUAGUGGCGCCGGCAGCAGCCAUAGUGCAGGUGGUAGUGCUAUUUACAACACUCAAUCCGGUCCCGUCGCAGCAAUGGUGACUGCGGCGUCCGCCGGCAACGGUGGUGGCCCGAUUGUGGCCGCCACCAACGGUUCGCCGACGCUGAACGGCAACGGUACGGCGAAUGGCAACGGUACCGCAAACCACAGUUCCGGUGACACGCCAAACGUGAAACACUGGAACGGGGUACCGAUGAAGCCGAACCACAUACCGAUCCUGAACAUACACCAGAUACGCGAGCAGGAGAAGCUGUCGAUGAAUUUCACGCGCAAUGUCGCGACGACACGGUUACCGAAGGACUUUGGCCGCGCAUCGGCUGACGAUGAGAAGAAGCUCAACAUGCAGCCGAAAACCAUACCGAGCCCGAUACGGCCCUUCCUGUCCCGUGGUUCCGUCGCAGAACGUGUGCUAAUUUUCGAAAAGUGUCCCGAGAAAGCACCACCCCGGGAACGAGUGAAAGAACCGGUCAAGCUUCAGUCCAAGCCUGUCAACCGACUGAUUCCGCCAAACAUUCACGCAACGCUGCAGCGACAUCUGAAAAACUCAACCAAAGCCCCCUACAUACCGCAAUUCCAUUUCCCAAAUGGCAAACCACCGCCAACGAUUACGACGGAAACGACGAUGCAGCGGUUGGAGCAGGUUUUCGACAAGAUGCCAAACUACGAGUGCACCCGAGACAGCUUCCAGGUGAUCGUUCAGAUGUGCCAGGUGCCCCAGUACUGGCGCUUGCCACUUUUCAUGUGUACGCAGCUAACCCCGAACGGUGCCGUUGACGGUGACAAAUUUCUUCACUUCUGGCGACAGAUGACAUCUUCUUGUCACGAUGCAGCAUCACGAUUUGUCUACAUAAUGUCCCGCGGUGAUCGUACGCGGCCGUAUAUCUUACCGGAGGACUUCGCACCGUUGAUACAGGAUGUAGUCGAUACGCACCCAGGUUUGGCAUUCCUCAAGGAGGCAGCUGAAUUUCACUCCCGCUACGUACACACCGUGAUAGCACGUAUCUUCUACAACGUGAACCGAAGUUGGACCGGGAAGAUCACGACGGCGGAGCUGCGCAAAUCAAACCUGCUUGACGUAAUUCAGCUACUGGAGGAGGAGGAAGAUAUUAAUCAAAUUAUGGCGUACUUUAGCUAUGAACACUUCUACGUCAUCUAUUGCAAAUUCUGGGAGCUGGAUCGCGAUCAUGAUCUCUACAUUGACCAGCAGGAUCUGGCCAGACAUAAUGAUCACGCUCUUUCGUCGCGAAUGAUCGAAAGGAUUUUCUCCGGCUGCGUUACGCGAAGUCCCCGGCGGGGCAAUAACAACCCAAUGAUACAGGGCCCGAAUGGUCCAAAAAUGUCGUACACCGAUUUUGUGUGGUUCCUACUGGCAGAAGAGGACAAAUCACACCCGACCGCCAUCGAGUAUUGGUUCCGUUGUAUGGACGUCGAUGGUGACGGUGUACUUUCAAUGUACGAGCUGGAAUACUUCUAUGAGGAGCAGCAGCACCGCAUGGAAUCGCUCGGAAUAGAAACACUUCCAUUUGAAGACUGCCUGUGUCAAAUGCUGGAUAUGAUAAAACCAGCAACUCCCGGCUGUGUAACAUUGGCCGAUCUAAAACGAUGCAAGAUGACCCCCAUUUUCUAUGACACAUUCUUCAAUCUGGAGAAAUACAUGGAGCACGAACAGCGUGAUCCAUUUGCACAGCGUGAAAAUGAUGAUCUUUCGGAUUGGGACCGAUAUGCGGCCCAGGAGUAUGAAUUGCUGGUGGCCGAAGAAGGCGGAGAUACGCAAGGGAAAAACAGCGAUGACAGUGACGACAGUGACAGCGAAAAGAUCAGCCUCAGGAUAAGCUGGCGCGAGCGGUAUAUACGCAAGCGACGCAAUAAGAAGAAGCGCCGAUAGACGCUAGGCGCCUCCAUCGUUCGUACCAUCCGUACUCUCCCUCUAUAGAAAGCCGUUCCCUCUAUCCUUAUGAUCCCUCUAUCCAUCGUCUGUCCCUUUCCGCAUCCUACUACCUUCCCUGGCGACGUCUAUCGUGUCAUCCACAAUAAUGACGAAGCGAUACAAAUACAAGCAAACUAAUGCAGUGAAUUUACCGUUGAGCAGUAGCAGACCCUCCGCGGUGAGUUAGGCGGAUUAGUUCUAUAAUCAAAACAAAUUAAUUGGUUCUGAUGUUAGCAUGAGAUUGAUGCUACCAUUCUGUAGGCAUCGAAAGAAAACGAGAGGACUUCUUUUAAGCUCGCUAUUAACCGAUCAGUCAAAUGAUCCAUUGGCGACAUUUGUUUAGUGUGAAAAUUGACAACAGCGACACAGAACUAUUGAUAACCAUUUCAUUGCAAAAGAGGAACGUGACUGAGAGCAAAUGUGAACUGUAGUAGAAAAAUAUAAUUACUCAAUGUGACGGUGUAUUAGGGAAACUAAGGAAAAUUUUGUACUCUCUACAAACGCGCAUCGGUGUGCAUACGCUGGAUAAUUUGCAAUUUUAACUCAGUUUAGAGGAAUUGUAAAUAGAAUGGAAAUGCAGCAAAAACGUUUGCGCAGAUCGAUGUACAUGAUCAAACUCACACAAUUCAUAUGAAAGCGAACGGGAUGGAUCAAUCGGAGGCGAUGACUGUAUAACGUUUCUGUGAGACAUAUAUGCAAUAGACACACGAAAUGGAAUUUAGCAAGGAAGAACAAAGCGCAUAUCUAGCCUAUAAUUAACCUGUGUAACUCUUAUCUAGUCCAAGUUAUAUUUGUGCUAAAUUUCUAACCGCUAAUUCUGCGUAUAAAUAUACAUAUAUUCUUACAUGUACUGGAUACUUUCGCGUCAAAUUCUAAUUGCGCCGCCGAUACCAAAUCGCUAUCACAAUCGAUGUGUUCCGUGUGAGUUGAAAGCAGUUUUACGUUGCUCAGUAUGCAGAGCAGGACUAGUUAAAUAAUGAGAGCAUAUGGGUGUAGUGUAAAAUUCUGCAAUCCAGUAAUAGCAUCCCCAACACGCGGUAACGAAUUUGAUCCCGUUAUCAUACGGUACCCAACAUGACAAGAAAGAACGAUUUGUUCGAAGUUCACUGUUAAGUUUUGUGUUUGCUCAUUAUUCGCAUGGUUACGUUUGUUGGACGAAAGUUGUUUGAAAGCGCACUAUUGUUUGAAAUUUUCCUAUCAUUCACGACAUGAGCUUAUCACUUGGAACAGUAGUAUGUAUUUCGUACACAGCAGUAGGUUGUGCAUAGGCAAGCGUUAUUAUUUAUUUUUUCGCAUAACAAUCGGUACAGUGUUAUUUGCUUACUGUAGACCCAUCCACCCAUGACUAGGCGCGGAAUAUUCAGAAACAUUAAAUGGUAUCCUGCGGGCGAGUGGUAUCGUGCCAGCACCAUCGUAAAACAUGAUUGUAAUCUACUACUAAGUGAUCGCAGCUAAACAUGACACCAUAUUUUACAAAAACCAAGGCAACACUUAAAGUCAUUGCAAAUUUGGAGGAUAACUGAAACUGAAUGGGAACGAUAAAAGCAGAAACAAUUGUGCCGCAGGAAUAUAUUUGGAAUCGACGGAUACAACAGUUAGCGAUAUACCAGUUAGGUGAGAAUUCAAUGUUUGCUGGAAUUGUGCACAGACGACCUUGUCCACUGGUAAUCUAAUCGAAACCCACUACGGUAGGGCAAGGUGAAAACAAACUCGAAAUAGAAAGAACUGAACAUUAUUUAAUUUUUUUUUGUGAAUAACCGUAAUAAUGUAGAGCAUGAAAUUAAGGAGAGAAACAAAAAAACUACACAUACACACCCACAUUAAAUGUAAGUAAAUAGAAAUGUCAAUACGAGGAUAAAGACCAUCUUUCAGAUAGUAGCGCUAGCGUUGAAGGCGCUACUAAAAUAGAUCCUCCUACUGCCGGACGGAGAUCGGCUUGCCAUCAUAAAAGAACCACGUGACGGCUAAGAUAAGGGUUUAGUAUUUUCUUAGUGUAAGCUAAUACGUUAAACAAAUUUACCUUUUUGUUUAUUUAGAAGCGGAGAAAUAAUAGGAUCCAGAAAAGGAUGUUUGAUAGUGUAGCGGAGCAGCAGUGGAAGUAGUAGUAAGGUGAACGAAAGAGAAGGAUCGAUCAACGGCAAUGCGUAUACGGCACUAUUGUGAUGUCGUGUAGUGCGUCGAAUGUUGGCAGUCCAUGUGUUUGGAUGUAAGAGUUUUACCUUGUUUUACUUUCUUUUUUAUUUAAAGAACUAAUUUUGAUUGUUUGUUUUCAUAUGAAUAUAGUUUGUUUCGUAGUUUUACAUUAUUUAUAACGAUUCCACAAUUAUCAAACAAACCCUUUUAGGUCUGAAAUGAAAUAAUGAUUAGGUGUAUAUGAGAAUGGACAAACACAACAAAAAAAAACAACUAAACGUAAAACUGAAAACAAUUUCGAUAGUAAGCGCGUGUUUA